AUGUCAGAACAAUUAACACACCCAUCAAUCAAGGAUGGCUGGUUUGCAGAGAUUUCAGAGACCAUGUGGCCAGGUCAAGCCAUGUCAUUGAAAGUAGACAAGGUCUUGCACGUUGAGAAAUCAAAAUACCAAGACGUUUUAGUGUUCAAAUCUGAGACUUAUGGUAACGUUUUGGUAUUGGACAAUUGCAUUCAAGUCACUGAACGUGACGAAUUUUCGUACCAAGAAAUGAUUGCCCAUUUGGCUUUGAACUCUCACCCAAAUCCAAAGAAGGCAUUGGUCAUUGGAGGUGGUGACGGUGGUGUUUUGAGAGAAAUCUUGAAGCAUGAAAGUAUUGAGGAAGCUUGGUUGUGUGACAUUGAUGAAACUGUCAUUGAGGUUUCCAAGAAGUACUUGCCUGAAAUGUCAAAGUCCUACCAAGAUCCAAGAACCAAGGUUCACAUUGGUGACGGUUUUAAAUUCUUGGAAGAGUACAAGAACCAAUUUGAUGUUAUUAUCACCGAUUCAUCUGAUCCUGAAGGGCCUGCUGAAACUCUUUUCCAAAAGCCAUACUUCCAAUUGUUGAAAGAUGCAUUAACUGAAAAGGGUGUCAUCACUACUCAAGCUGAAAACAUCUGGAUUCAUAUGGAUAUCAUCUCCAAGUUGAAGAAAGAUUGUGCUGAAAUCUUUCCAGUUGCUGAAUAUGCCUACACCAUGAUCCCAACCUACCCAUCAGGCUCGAUUGGUUUCAUGGUAUGCUCAAAGGACCCUAAUGCUAAUGUUAGAAAGCCAAUCAGAUUCGACUGGAGUGACGAAUUUGUCGCAAAGAAUUUGAAAUAUUACAACAGGGAAAUCCACGAAGCUUCUUUCAUCUUGCCAAAUUGGGCUGACCAGAAAUUGAACAAGGGCAACUAA